AUGGGUCUCUUCGAGAAAAUGCAAGCUCGCCUUGAGCUCUACCGCCUGGAACAGCGCUACACACGCCGCGAUAAGCGCUCCACAUUCAUCAGCGAGGCACAGUAUGUUGACGGCGAGUACGUCUACGCCUCGUCACCGUCACCGUCGUCGUCCACAAAGUCCGCCGGCACAACCAGCUCCCGCCGCUUCAGCAAAAUGCCCACCUUGCCCGCUGUGCGGAUAAGGGAGCUCGCUCGCGCGGGCACCAGCCGUUCGUAA